AUGGUCUCCAAAUGCAAAGAAAUCGUUGUUGAUGAAAUUAUUUUUGAUCACAACGUAAAAGGAACAUGUUAUAUCUUUACACCAGUCAGAUCUGGGAAAAUAUUUUACUUCAUCCAACCAGGUACAAGUGAUCUUGUUAAGUUCAGUCCGCAAGCGGACUGUGGACAUUUACCAUUUGGCAUUUACAAUGAUGGGAACAAUCACUACAAAUCUCCAUCGGGUUACGCACAGGUGACAAAUAUUCAUCUCAACUUACCUAACAAUUUAGCUCAGGAAAACUUUAUUUUCAAUUCUCCACCAAUAUUUCAUUCGGACCUUGCGAGAAUAACGACUAAUUUAUAUCUUAUCCAAAAUCGCCUCAACUCUAUAAAUAAUUUAUACGCUCCACGAUCAAAAUCAACUAACGAAGCUGAAGUAAUUCCAAAUCAACUAGGGCACGAACUGGCGGACACAGCGGCAUUUUUAGAAUCCAAUGCAGGCGACUUUCUUCAGUCACAAAAGGAAAAAGUCCUCGAAUCUUUCGGCUUGCACCGUCUCGUCAAAGCAAUCGUUCUCGUUUCCAUUUGCCUCAUCUUUGUGAGCGCAAUCACGAUUCUGUAUUGUCAAACAUCUUUGGUACGGAUACCUUUGAACUUUCUCUUCAAAGGCAUAGCCACUGUAUUCUCGCUUCUUCUCGCAUCACUCUGCAACAAAAGUUCUUCUCAAGGCACAACCACGAAGCAACAACGAAGAAGUCAGGAUUACAGCAUAAUCAGCAGCGAGCCAGAACGUGAAUCUAUCCCGCUAGCUAAUUUAAGGCGCUCCCCAGUGAAUUUGCCAUCAUCAUCUAUUGCAACUGUUCAUCAACCCUCAGCUCCAUCAGCUUCCAAAAUCAAGUUACCAUUAGCACAGCCUACCAAACCCUACUCGAGUGUCUCUUCCAUUCAUCUUGGAAAAACUAACCAAAUGAUCUAUGUUCCAGCAAAACUUAACAAUUCAUCGAUUGUAGCUCUUCUAGACACAGGAUCCGCCCUCACAAUCGUCUCUGAUGCUGUAGCUCGGAAACUCAACGCACAGCUUUCCCACUCUACAAUUAUAAAAGGCAUCACAGCGAACGGAUCUAGCAUGAACCUUCUUGGCCAAUUUACUCCAUAUCUUACUAUUGGGAAGAAAAGUAUGCAGAUUACCUGCUAUGUCGCUUCGGAAACUAAUUGUUCUUCACCAUUCAUCCUUGGCAACGACGUCAUUCAACAAUUUGCAACAACAAUGUCCGUAAAUUACCGAUCUAACACAGUUUCGUUCGACAAUGUUACUAUUCCAUUCACAACUAUCAAUCACACCCAUUUCAACUUCCCACCCCUUCAAGUCUACUUGGUGGAUACAACCAUCCUACAACCACUUUCUGACAACAUGGUUAUAGGCACCACCAAAACCUCAUUUCCACAUAAUUGGGAGCUAUUUUCUUCAGACUAUCCACUACAUGAUCUACCAAAGGGAGUUCAAGUGGGAAAAACCCUUUCUUGUCCAGAAGUGGAUGGAAAUGUCUACUUACGUAUAUUCAAUUCGAACCAUGCCAGUAUUACACUGCCCAAAAAUAAAGCAGUGGCAAUAGCAGCUUUUGUGGGAGUAAAAAUGCCAUGGAAACCAGUAUUCUCAGUAUACAGUAAUGAGGGCUCUCACAACCAAGUUUUGCAAGACAAAGCAUUCUCGGAAUAUAUCCCCCCAGAAGCUGACUUUGCCAAAGCACUGCCGCACUUUCCCAAUAACGACAAUUCUAUAGAUCUUCAAAAUCGCGCCCAAAUUAAUCAUAGUAUUUUAAAUAACACACAACUUCAAAUGUUUUACAAAUUGUUGAAAAAAUAUCAAGAUUGUUUCGUAGGAAAUGAUGGUAAUCUCGGUCGUUACAACGGUCCAAUCACUCAUAGCAUUGACUUUAUUCCACAUUCAAAAGUUCCAAAACAGCGACCGUACCGAGUACCAUUGGAAAAACGCAAUGAAAUAGAACGUCAAAUCAAAGAAAUGCUAAGAACCCGUUUAAUAGAACCAAGCACCAGUAAAUUUGCAUCCCCAAUAGUUCUAGUUAGGAAAGGAGCCAAUAAAGACCAAUGGAGAUUCACUGUUGACUAUCGUCAAAUCAAUGCGAUAACCAGAACCGAAACCUAUUGUAUUCCCCAUAUGCAAGACAUACUAGAUCUUGUUGGUGGGAAGGAAAUCUACUCG